CGCAAAAUAGGGGGCCGCGCAUCACCGGAGCAGAAGUAGACAGAGAAAACAAACCAGGUUCGGUAAAUCACCAACUGUCCAUCUCAACAAGAUGGUUGCUACCACAGCGACUCGACCGCAGCUCCGGUUCGGCCCACCGCGACGCGAGGACCUGGCUGCUGGCGUGCAGAGGCCGGCGGCUACGAAAGAGAAGCUUCUUGAGAAGCCCGCCGCACAUGCGCCAGGCGGCGGAAUCGCUCCUACGAAGUCUUCAGCUUCUGGCGGCGCGACCACCCCCACGACCGCCGGUGGGGUCACGUCGUCGGGGUCCACAUCGGCUCGAUCGGGCAGCGGACAGCUGUCGUCCUCGUCCAGUGGACACACUCCUCUGUCCGCGCGAGAUGAAUGUGCAGAGAAACAAUUGCUACCCGGGCAGCAGCCUCGGACAGCCGGUGGUGCUGGUGGUGCGAACAUCAAGAUAACCAAACAGAAUGCCAACGUGGCGAAGAAGCAAGAGCUUCAGCGAAGGCUGGUAGGCGGCAAGAACUUCCAAAAACCAACACAACAGCAGGCCCAGGGGGCUCCUUUAUUGGCUCCGACAAAUAAAAACAACUCCCUUGUUCCCUCGCCCAACGACGCAGAUUGCACGAAAAAAGUUUUGCAGCUUGCCACACAAGUGCUGCCCUUCGUUGACCCAGCAGGGACGGGACGGCUCGGAUACGAGCAGUGCAAAGUGGCGCUCGAGUACAUUUUUUUUCACGUAGAUGGCGCCGAUCGCCGACUGCAGGGCCGACGACCGCGCGACACCUGGUAUCAAGAUUCCUUCACCAACUUUGCUGCACACCGGGCGAAGAAGUCGUCGCGAACACCUGUGAGCGAAAAAAACGAUGGACAGCAGCAGCCCUGGGUUUGCGCAAAGAAGGAUCUUCCGGAGAUCGCCAGGCAGUUCCUGAAAUUCGCCAUGCGUGGCGGCCAACAAAAGCAAAUCAGCGGGAAAGGAAGUAGUUCGAACAAAAACAGUGCGGGUGCGCAAGGUCAAGCCGGUGCUGCAGAGGGUGGUAGUAAACCAAAGACCACCUCCGAGGGGAUUCAAAAAUGCACGUCUCCAAACGCAAAGAUUGCAGACAGUACCAUUACGCCGCGAGAAGAUUCCAACGAAAAAACCUCUGCGAGCGAUAAAAAGGGUUCUCAGAGGACAAAGCCGAGCGAUACGGAUAUCAAGGUUGAAGAACCAUUAGCGGGAUUGCAAGAGGAAGACGAGGUACGGGCUGAAGAAGGUGGAAAGCGACGCGAGAGGACCGCCACACGCGCGGAAAAACUGAAAGCAAAAGCUCCGCCAAACCUGGCUUUACAAGUUCAAGAAGAUCAUUUCAGGAAAUCAGAGCAGAACAAGGAAGCAGCAGCUACAAACGAGGUGAUACUCCCGCCUCCCAUCGUCGCGCGCGCAAGUAAGAACAUGACAAGUAAGGGUCGCAGUUCAUCCUGUGAAGCGCGGGUCACGAAGCAAGUGGUGCAAUUCGCACCUAUUUCUGAAGAGGGGAGUAGGAAUUCUGAGCCAUCGACACCGGUUCGAGAAGACGAACAUAAGCUCCUGCAAUCAGUAGAAGAGUUCUGUGCCGCAGACGACGAGCAUGCUCGGACAGUGCCCAGUGUGAAAAUAUCAACAGUAGCUCCACCUUUUCAACAAGGACUUCUCGAACAGCCUAUCCGUCAACAGCCGCAGCGCAGCAAAAUCGUCACUCUCGGCCUCCCGAAAUUUCGGCGAAGCGUCUCCGACCCAGCCCUGCGGCGAAAAUCCGUCUGUAUCAAUUCUGAGGUCGUGAUCCCCUCUUACGACGAAGCAGGCCAGGUCUACCACGACUUUGAGCUCUGCAGCAAGCCAGAACCCGCAGGAACGAAGAAGGCCGGGCGCGCCUCAUCAACCGCAGCCCGCAGUGCUGACAUCGGCAAGGGAGCCUUCGGGAGUGUGAAAUUAGUCCGGAGCAAGAAGUCCAAGUUUCGCCGCGCGUGCAAACAGGUGAAAAUCGAAAACAAAGCCGACCGCGAUCUCAUUCAUACCGAGAUAGAAACCAUGAAGAGCCUGGAUCAUCCGCAUGUUUGUCGCUUGUAUCGCUGCUACUUCGAGAGGGCGAGCAUUUUCUUGCUGCUGGAAUUUUGCGAGCAGGGAACUCUGGACGAUGCGAUAAAAACCGCAGUGUACGUGGCCACGUCGUCGGGCGGCAGUGGUAAAGGGAAUUCGAAAGCGGAUCGGUUGACCCGUGGGGUCUUGAACAACACGCGGACCAAUGGCGGUGGGCUGACUGUAGACCUACACCAACAACCCGAACCUCCAGGUAGGUGUCCGCCGUGUUUUUCCCUCGAGCGGGCCGCCAACUACACGAAGCAAAUCCUUUCUGCGCUUGCGUAUUGCCACUCGCGAAACCUUCUCCACCGGGACAUCAAACCGGAGAACAUUCUCCUGUCCAACGGCGUCCUGAAAAUCAUCGACUUCGGCCUAGCGGACUUUCUUGACCGCAUUGACAGCCGCAUGCGCUGCGGGACCUGUCACUACAUGGCCCCAGAAAUCCACACGUCCUGCAAGUACAGCGCACAAAGUGAUGUCUUCGCCAUUGGGGUGCUGUUGUUCGUCAUGCUCACCGGCGUGCACCCUUUUUUCGAACCCGGCCGCGACGAUUACAAGUCCUGCCGCGGCCGGAUCGUCAGCACGGACCCCGACUGGCGGAGGUUCCUUUCUGCGUGCAUGAAUGCAGCAGCUGUCGUUAAGCACAACAAGCCCACGAACGCCGCAGUGGACCCGAAUAGAGACGAAGACAAGCAGCGAAGAUUGCGACAGGACAGUGCACGAGACGCGAAGCACUUCUGUGCAAAACUGUUGGAAAAGGAUCCCAGGAGGCGGCUUGCCGCCCGACAGGCAAUCAGCUAUCCGUUUGUCACGAAUAAUGUCGCGGCAGUGAAGCACCAAACCAGGCGCUCCGGCGACCUGAUCGAGCAACUUUUUCGCGGGUUGUUUCUCUUCGCAAGGUUGGACCGCCUCACACAGGCCACGCUGCGGCUCAUGGCCAAGGAGCUCGACGAGCCUCAUAUUUCAGACGAAUUUCGCACCAUCUUCUCGCUUAUGGAUCGCAAUGGCGACGGAUUGGUGAACCGGAUGGAAUUGCUCGCCGCAGCGCAGGGGUAAGGUUAUUGUAGGAGCCGAACAAAAGUGUGGUCUUUCUUCGAAUCUAGGGAUGUAUGAGCUGAUUCGCUACCACUAGCAGUACUUUAUCGACGGGGAACGCUUUGUUCUUUCUUUCGAUCUUUUUUCGCUCCACAAACCAGGUUUGCAGAAAGGCCAGAGGAAAAUGCGGAUUGCCCGGACCAAGCACCACCCGUUUCCGCACCAUUCUCCGUUUCGCGCGAAGACGGUAUGCGGCUCGCGGCAGCGCUCGGCUCACAAGGGUCGGAAAGUCUUACCUACCGCGAUCUCCUUGCUGCCGCCUGGCUCCUCCCUUUGGGCCGCUCAGCGUCUCGACGGGCUGGCGAUGUGGAAACGGGAGCGCGACUGCUAGCGGACAUUUUUCCACGAUUCGCCUCGUGUGCGAAUGACGGGUUGAUCACGCGGGCCUCUCUGCGGUACUCCCUCGCACCCUCCGCUGCUAUCAACCGGCAGCACAAGCGGGCGACGGGCUUAAACGGUUUCGAUCGAAUUAGCGACGUCGAACUGGACGAAAUCUUUCGCUUCUACCACACUGCUUGUCGUGAGGAAGUUGACAAAAGAAGUACUGUCUGCGCGCGAAGUGCUGGUGGAGUUGGGGAGCUGCCAGUAGACAAAGGAGCAGGUGCUGCAGCCGCGCUAGUUGCAAAGAAACCAAAAAUUACGAUUUGCCGGGCGAGCACGGCAUUGGAGCUUCAGCAAGACGACGAUGCGGUAACGCAAAGUGGCGGCAACGCAAUUACCUUUCGCCAGUAUGCUCGAGCGUUUUCUACUGUUGAGCAGCAAUUUGCGGACUGCAGUGCGGAGGCGGUUCAAUCCUAAAGUUUCGAAAGAUCGCAAGAAAUAUGUAAAUGAACACGGAUUAGCAUUAGGCUCGCAGUUGUUCCUUGUAAACUGUACGAUGAUUCACGACAAGAGGAGUUGUUGGCUUUCAAUUUCUCAUUCAUUCGCAGUUGAAAAAAUUCAGGACGCCAAUAACUCAAUAGCCGCACCUGAGAAU